GGCUUUGUGACACAUUUUGGAGAUGAAGAACCGGUGGUGGAGAGCGGACAACACUUUCACUGCCACUAUUUCUUUCUUGUUGUCAAUCUUUAAGGACUUAAUGGAUUAUUUUUCUUUUCAUUCCUUCUUCUCCUCCCUUAAAACCAAAAUGGGUCUGGGUUUUAGGCUAAGUCUCAAGUUGGGUUUUCCAUUCCACUCUCAGUUCCACGUCAAUUCACCAUCCAGACUCUCUUCUUCUCCUUCUGCUGUUAAGGGCAGGGAGGGUUCUAUAAACAUCAGCAGAUUGUCUUUUUUGUCUGUUAUUUCUGAAGAGGGUGACAAUUUGCAUAGAGAUCAUCUAAAGACAAAUGCUUAUUCAUCAUCUGGAAUGCAAACAUUAGAAAAUGAGCAUUCCCAAGUUGAGGAAGCUAAGAUAAGUGUUGGCAAGAGAUCUCUUAGUGGAUUAAAUGAUACAAUUGAUGAUGCUCAAGUGUUUAUUAAAGAGGACGAUUUUGUCCCACCUUCAAGCUCAAAAGAUAGGACUUCAAACUUUAGCUUGUUAUUGGAAAAUCUUAAUAUUUUAGAGGAGUCAUUUGCUGAUUCUGAUGUCUUGAAGUUGGAAAGGGAUAUUUUGCUACAAUUAGGAAAGCUUGGAGCUUUGAAAUUGUUCAAUACAUGCCUAACAAGGACACUUGAAGUCCAAACUGCAAAUGUUUUGGAUUUUUCUGAUCUUCCUACUGAAAAUAUUCAAGAAUGUAAGAGAGAUGGUACAUCAAAUGGUAAUGUGUAUAAAAUAAUUGUCUGCACGGGGAAAAAGGAAGAAAGAAAAUCGAGAAGAGAAAGAGCCUCUUUAAAGAAUGGCCACAAAGUUCCUUGUUUUCCCUUGCCUCUAAAAUCCAUUCAAAAUGGUCGUGGAAAGGCUACUUCUUUUGACAAAAAAACGUCAAACUCAAAGAGUAGAAGAUUAAUGAUUGCUAGAAAUGAAGCAGAAAUGUCCAGAGGAGUCAAGGUGCUGGCAAACUUGGAGAAGAUCAGAACAACUUUGGAACAAGAAACUGGGAGAGCAGUCAGCUUGAGUUGCUGGGCUGAAGCAGCUGGACUUGACAUGAAGGUGCUGCAGCAGCAGUUGCAUUUUGGUUGGUAUUGCAGGGAUGAGCUUGUCAGGAGCACUCGCUCAUUAGUUCUAUUCCUUGCCAGAAAUUAUAGGGGUAUGGGAAUAGCCUUGGAAGAUUUACUUCAGGCUGGAAAUAUGGGUGUCUUGCAAGGCGCAGAAAGAUUUGAUGAUGCUAGGGGAUACAGAUUCUCAACAUAUGUACAGUACUGGAUACGGAAAUCAAUGUCAAAGAUUGUAUCACGACAUGCUAGAGGGAUCCAAAUUCCUUGCACAUUAAGCCGCGCAAUAAACCAGAUACAAAAAGCUCGAAAAAACUUGAGCGCCAGUCAUGGGAAAUACCCAGAUGACGAGGAUAUCGCAGAGUUCACAGGUCUUUCUUUGGCUAAAAUUGAAUCAGCUAGCAGAUGUCUUAGAGUUGUGGGUUCAAUUGAUCAGAAAAUGGGAGACUGUUUCAAUGCAAAAUAUUUGGAAUUUAUUCAUGAUACAACGAUAAAAAGCCCUGAAGAAGCUGUCAUGAGGCAACACAUGAUAAAAGACAUGCAUGACCUAUUAAGAGGCUUGGAUACAAGAGAGAGGCAAGUGUUAAUCCUGAGAUAUGGCCUCAAGGAUCAUCAACCCAAAUCACUUGAGGAGAUUGGGAGGGUUUUCCAUGUAAGCAAAGAGUGGGUAAGGAGGUUAGAGAAGAAAGUUAUGACAAGGCUUAGGAAUGAAGAAACCUGCAGAAAUUUAAGAUAUUAUGUGAAUUUAUAGUUUCAUCUUUAUCCUAAACUCUCCUAUAACACCCACUCAUGAAGUUGAACUUAAGGUUUUUGCUUCGUCCCAAACACACUUGAUUGCAAAGCUAGUUGGUUGAGCAUAGUUUAACUGUCUUCAAUAUACUCCACUAUCGCAUUCUUCAUCGAGUGAUUGAAAAUGGUGGCGAGAAAGAAGGUUGGCUUUGUUUCAAUGGACGGUGUGAUUAUCUUACUGCGUUUCAAUCAAAUGGUCGUCAUUCCAUCUUAUGUCUUUACAUGCAUUUUGCAUGCUUUGAAGUUAAUAUGUACAAUAUAUAAAUUCUCUCUUUUUGGUCUGAUAGGAAAGGUAUAUUAUGUUCUAUAGUUUUCAUUCUUUCAUGUUAUUUUUCUUUUGCCAAGGUACAUAGAUUUCUAAAUAUUAAUACAUUCUUCAAACCUUGAUAUCCUGAUUGUACAAUUCUUGAUUCUUUAUAGUGUGUAAUAUGGUAUGAAAUGACAGAGUAAUCUUUGUAGGUA